CGCACUACUGAACUGCCGACUGCGACUGCCGGCGGUGGAAGGGAGUGACAGCCACCCCAUCGCUCUUUUAAGUUUCAGUUAAGACCUCGUCUCCCGAUAAAGUCAACAAUAUGUCGUACAUGUUCAGUUUUUUAGCCCUUUGUUGUCUGUUGCACCUCGUGCCUUUACACUCCUGCGAAAGUGCCAUUGAUUCGAGAAUACCAGAGGGUUUUCAAAAGGGGACUCACACCAAUAAUUGGGCAGUCCUAGUUGAUACAUCCCGCUUCUGGUUCAACUACCGUCAUGUUGCAAAUGUCCUCUCAAUAUAUCGCAGUGUGAAACGGCUCGGUAUACCAGACAGUCAAAUUAUUUUGAUGGUUGCUGAUGACAUGCCAUGCAACCUACGCAAUCCCCGGCCAGCCACAGUAUUUAACAAUGCCAAUGAGCAUAUUAAUGUGUACGGAGAUGAUGUUGAAGUUGAUUACAGAGGCUAUGAGGUGACUGUAGAAAAUUUUCUUCGCCUUUUGAUUGGGCGCCUGCCUCCAGGCACACCAAGAUCAAAACAAUUAUUGUCGGAUGAGGGCAGCAAUGUUUUGGUGUAUCUAACUGGUCAUGGUGGAGAUGGUUUUCUUAAGUUCCAAGAUUCUGAAGAAAUUUCAAGCCAGGAACUUGCAGAUGCUGUAGAGCAAAUGUGGCAGAAGAGAAGGUACAAUGAAAUGUUUUUUGUAAUUGACACAUGCCAAGCAUCAUCAAUGUAUGAUAAAAUGUAUUCACCAAAUGUUUUAGCAGUUGCAAGUAGUCUUGUUGGUGAAGACUCACUUUCUCAUCAUGUUGAUCCUGCCAUAGGCGUCUACAUUAUUGACAGAUAUACAUAUUACGCUCUCGACUUCUUAGAAAGAGUUGAACCAGACAGCAGAAAAACUUUGGGAGAAUUUUUAAAGGUAUGCCCUAAGAGAUUAUGUAUCUCAACUGUUGGAGUCCGUCGUGACCUGUUUAGAAGAAAUCCAGAUAAGGUCCUUAUAACAGACUUCUUUGGAGCUGUGCGACCUGUUGAAGUUGUUGCUGCAAUGGAUACAAAUUGGCCUCAAUCAACUAAUUUGGCAUUUAAAAACAGCACUCUCCAAGUAUCAUACAAGAAAACAAAACAGUCCAAUUUGAAGCACGUUUAUUCUCCUCAGUUUCCUUUAAAAACUUAGAUUGCAUUAUAUUCAAUUAGCUAGAAAUGAGUUUUGACUGAUGUUUCUAUUCCAACUUGCAAUAAAGAUCGUUUAUGCAACUCGA